UCCAAUAAAUGAUAGAGCAUCUGCAUGGAGACAUUUAGGUGGGUCAUCAUGUCUGUUGUCUCCUUCACUUUUUAGCUGUAUCCACCAAAAUACAUUUCAAACUAUUUCUUUUUUGAACAUACAAUUGAAACUUGCUUACUUCUACAUUGAGUUGCCUUUUCUCAAAUUAAUACUCGCUUUAAUCCAUUAAGAAAACAAAAAAAAGUAGGAAAAUUAUUAUUUCGAUCGUUCAAAACUGGGAGAAUUCAUCGCUCAAUCUUUCUCUUAUAUUUUGAAAAGUUUACUUGCUGUUUGCUCUCUCAAUGGAGUUCGUUAUUGGCAUCGUUAGCUCUAUUUUCACUACAGCUGCAGAGUGUACGAUUUCUCCUAUCAUAAACCAUGUCAAAUACCUUUCCAAUCAUCAGCAAAAUGUUAAGACCCUCAAGGACCAAGCUGAGAAGCUGAAAGAUGCAAGGGACAGAGUGCAGCAGUCUGUUGAUGCAGCUCAACGAAACGGCGAAGAGAUCGAACGUGAUGUUAACAACUGGAUGUCGGCAGUGGACAGGAAGAUCCCUCAACAAGUAGAGAAAGUGAUGCAAGAUGAAGAAAAAGCAAAGAAAAAGUGUUUCAUUGGUUUGUGUCCUAAUUUUUGGACUCGUUACAAGCAUAGCCUGAAAGCUGCAGAGGAGGCGAAGGCUGUUGCCGAUCUACUUGAACAGGGCAAGUUUGACGGUGUUUCUUAUCCUGUACUUUUACAGAGUAUCACUGUCCGACCAGUUAAAGGUUACGAGGAUUUCGAGUCAAGAACGUCGGUUUUGAAUGAAAUAAUGGAGGCACUGAAAGAUGAUAGCGUCAGCGUUAUUGGGGUGCACGGUAUGGGCGGCAUUGGAAAAACAACGCUAGUAAAAGAAAUCGCUAGAAAGGUCAAGGGCAAUUUAUUUGAUUCGGUUGUCAUAGCAACAGUAACUCAAGUCAUUGAUAUUGAGAAAAUUCAGAACACAAUUGCAGAUUUAUUGGAUUUGGAUUUAAAGGAACGAAGUAUGGUUGCAAAGGCACUUCGACUACGAGAAAGAUUGAAGAAAGAGAAGAGGGUUCUGGUUGUCUUGGAUGACAUUUGGGCAAAAUUAGAUAUUGAGGAAGUAGGGAUUCCUUUGGGAGAUGAACACAAGGGCUGCAAAUUACUAUUAACUUCUAGAGAGCUCAAUGUUUUAUCAAAUGGGAUGGAUGCUCAAAAACAAUUUUCCAUUAGGCUUCUAAAUGAAAAGGAGGCCUGGGACCUGUUCAAGAAGAAGGCUGGCGAUUGUGUUGAAAGUUGCGAUUUGAAGCCUACAGCUAUGGAGGUAGCCAAAAAAUGUGCAGGAUUACCGAUAGCCAUUGCGACAGUUGCAGGGGCUUUGAGAAACAAAAGAUUGUUUGAGUGGAAGAAUGCUUUACGAGAACUAGAGAGGCCUUCAUCAAGCAACUUCACGGGGAUAACUGCAGCAUAUUCAGCCAUACAGUGGAGUUUUAAUUAUUUAAAAAGUGAGGAAGUUAAGCUGACUUUCUUGCUUUGCUGUGUAAUAGGCCAUAAUUGUCUGGUUGAGGACUUGGUGAGAUAUACAGUGGGUUUGGGUUUAUUUGGUGGUGUCAACACUAUGGAAGAAGCUAGAAAUAAAGUAUUGACGGUUGUGUAUAAUCUCAAAGCGUCUUCCUUGUUGCUUGAUAGUUAUAGCGAUGAGCGCUUUGGUAUCCAUGAUGUUUGGGAUGCUGCUGUAGCUAUCGCAUCGAGGGACUACCAUAUGCUUGUUUUGAGAGAUCAUGUUCCAAUGGAUUGGUCCGAUAAGGAGAAAAUGAACAGCUGGAGGAGGAUAAGCUUAACUUGUCCUAAAAUUAUAGCCGAGCUUCCUAAGGAGUUGGAGUGUUCAGGUCUUUCCUUUUUCCAUAUGAUCCUUAAUGGUUCAGUGGAAAUUCCUCCAGAUUUUUUCAGACGAAUUGAAAGUCUCAAAGUCUUGGAUUUACCUUUAUAUUCCUAUCUACCUGAGUCAAUUAAUCACCUCAAAGACCUUCGCAUGUUGCGUUUAAGAGGAUGUUCAAUUGAAGAUAUAACCAUCAUUGGAGAGCUCAAAAAUUUAGAAAUCCUUGACCUUGCUUUCUCGAGGAUCGAAGAACUACCCAAGGAGAUAGCACAAUUGAGUCGGUUAAGGUUGUUAGAUUUGCGUAGGUGUCGAGAACUCAAAAUCAUCCCGCCAAAUGUCUUAUCAAGUUUGUCUAAAUUAGAAGAAUUAUAUAUGGAGGGAAGCUUAGUUAAAUGGGAAAAUGAAGGAGUAGCUGGCAACGAAAGAAGAAAUGCAUGCCUUGAUGAAUUAAGGAAUUUGCUUCGUCUAACUACUUUACAUGUUGAUAUUCCUGAUGCUCAAAUGAUUCCAAAGUAUCGAUUCAUUGAGACAUUGGAUAGAUAUAGGAUUCUCGUAGGUGAUUAUAAUUCAUGGGAGACGUGGAAUUCAAAAUAUGAAUAUUCGAGAACAUUGAAGCUCAAGAUAUAUACAAAUAUUUCUUCGAACAAUGGGGUGAAAACGUUGCUGAAAAAGACUGAAGAUUUGUAUUUAGACCUAAAUGGACUUGAAGGCAUCAAGAGUGGACUUGCGGAGUUAAAUAAUGGAGAAGAAUUUUCAAAUUUAAAGAGAAUUGAUGUCAUUAUCAGAAUGGAGGAGUCCGAGCCGAUACCACUUUUCAUUAAACAGACAAGUCAUUGGAUUUCGAAUUUGAGGAGGUUGAUCAUCAAUGGAUGCGGUACCUUGGAGCAUCUGUUAUCACCCUCUGUCGCCAGAAGGCUAGAGCAGCUCCAAUGCUUUGAGAUAGUGGAUUGCAUGUGCUUAAGGGAGAUAAUAUUUACUAAAGACGUGAUUUGUUUCCCUCAAUUAAAUUCCCUGCAUAUAAAGGGUAUUCCAGACCUCAUCUUCUUCUGCUCUGGAAAUUUUAAUAUCGAGUUCCCUUUGUUGAAAGAGUUAAAGAUUAAGGAUUGCCCGAAAUUAAAAGAAUUCAUUAGUAAAAGCAAUUCUGAGUCCGGCAUGCAGGCUCUCUUCAAUGAGAAGGUUGCUGUUCCAAGCUUGGAAACGAUGACAAUCUACAUGCUGAGAAAUGUGAAGAUGAUAUUUCAUACUGAUCUAUCACCAAAUUCUUUUCAAAAUCUACGAAAAUUAAGUGUUUCAAGGUGUGAGAUUUUGAAAAAUCUAUUUCCAGCGUCAAUAGCUAAUCAUCUUUUACAACUUGAAGAUUUAAGCAUAAGUGAUUGUGGGGUGGAGGAGAUUGUAUCGGAAGGGAAAGGAGUAGAGGAUCAGCCUGUGAGGUUUGAGUUUCCCAAAGUGUCUUCACUUGAGGUUACAUCCCUAAAAGAGCUCAAAUGUUUCUAUAAAGGGAAACAUACAAUGGUGUGGCCAAUGUUGAAAAAAUUGACCACAGAUGGUUCUAGUUUGCUGAUGAGAAUAGGUUUAGAAGAUGUUAGAAUGGAAGAAAGAAAGGGAAAUGGGGAGGCAGUUUUGGUGGUGGAAGAGGUAUGUAUAUCAUUACAAAUAUAUUUGUUUUCAUCAUUACAUGCAUCUUAUGUUGUUAUAAUGCAAUUUAAUUAAAUAAAGUCUUACAUUAGACUUA